UUGCGUAGUAUCUGGCACGCCGAGCAGCCGCGUCGUAUGACGCGCCUUCAGUGCGCUCGCGCCGUUAGUUGCGACGCUAGCUUCUCAGGAUAUGUCCGUGCUAUGGAUUACCAAUGUGUGGUUGUGUACACCGUCAUCAAUAUCUCACCACCACGAAUGACCCAAACAGCAUCCAUCACGAACGGAUGCGUGGAUUGGUUCAGAAAUAAAAUUAAAAGGGCCAUUGCUGUGUAUUUUCAUUCUCUAAAAUUGACUCCAAACAAUGGUAUUAUACACGGAAACUUGGCUUGCCUCUACUAUAAACAAGGCUUCAUAGAUUUAGCUAUUGAUACUUACCGACAAGCUAUUGAACUACACCCUAAUUUUCCCGAUGCGUAUUGCAAUCUUGCUAAUGCACUAAAAGAAAAAGGUCUUGUUCAAGAAGCUGAAGAAUGUUAUAACAAAGCUUUGUAUCUGUGCCCAUCACACGUCGAUACGUUAAAUAAUCUUGGUAAUGUUAAGAGAGAACAAGGAAAAAUUGAAGAAGCCACUAGACUAUAUAUGAGAGCGUUACAAGAAUUUCCUCAUUUUGCAGCUACUCAUAGUAAUUUAGCAUCCUUAUUACAGCAACAAGGUAAGUUUCAAGAGGCUUUGUAUCAUUACACACAAGCUAUAAAUAUUCAACCAAAAUUCGCUGAUGCUUAUAGCAAUAUGGGGAACACUUUAAGAGAGAUGCAAGAUACAAGUGGUGCUUUAAGAUGUUUUAAAAAAGCAAUUGAAAUAAAUCCUCUUUUUGCUGAUGCUCAUUGCAAUUUAGCGAGUAUUUAUAAAGAUAUGGGAAAUAUUUGUGAGGCAAUAACAUCGUAUAACAAUGCUCUGAGAAUUAAAUCAGAUUUUCCUGACGCUUAUUCUAAUUUGGCACAUUGUUUACAAAUAAUUUGUAACUGGGAUUGCUAUCAAGAAAGAAUGCAUAAACUUGUUUCAAUAGUUGAGGAUCAAUUAUUAACUAGUGAUAAAUUAUGCUCCGUACACCCACAUCACACUAUUUUAUACCCAUUGUCAAAUUUAGCGAGAAAGGAAAUAGCUGCUCGACAUGCAGCUUUAUAUUUGGAAAAAGUAAAUAUGCUCACUUCUACAACUUUUAGGCAUACCAAAAAGCGAAAAGGCCGCCUCCGUAUUGGUUAUGUUAGUAGUGACUUUGGAAAUCACCCUACUUCUCAUUUGAUGCAGUCAAUACCUGGACUCCACAAUCGAUCAAAUGUAGAAAUAUUUUGCUAUGCUUUAAAUGUAGAUGAUAAAACAACAUUCCGUAAUAAAAUUGUAAGUGAAUGUGAACAUUUUACUGACUUAUCCACUAUUAGAUGUAACAUUGAAGCAGCUGCCAAAAUAAAUAGUGAUGAUAUUAAUAUACUAAUAAAUAUGAAUGGUUAUACGAAAGGUGCUAGAAAUGAAAUAUUUGCCUUAAAACCAGCACCAAUUCAAGCUUUAUGGCUUGGUUAUCCCGGAACCAGCGGGGCAGGGUACAUAGACUAUAUCAUAAGCGACGAGAUUUCAAGCCCUCUUUCCAUGUCUGAUAAUUUUACUGAAAAGUUUGCCUACAUGCCUUAUACAUAUUUUGUGGGUGAUCAUAAGGAAAUGUUUCCUCACUUAAAAAAACGGUACAGCGUAAGAAAAUACGAAGAAAAAACCAUGAGUGAAAAUUUUGCCGUUAUAAACUGUGGUGAUGCUAUUAACUUAAAUGAAUAUUUUGAGUACGCCCCCCAGGCCGAACAGAGGCCCCUAGGGGCUUGCCUGGGCCGUUCGUCGCUAUGCCGCGGUGCGCAGGAGUGUUUGCGCACCACGGUCCGCUCGGAGUGUCGUUGCAAUGAGGCGACGGUGUCCCCGCACCGCCACCUCGAGAACCCCGGCUAA